AUGGAAGAUGGUACUCCCAAACCAGCAGAAGCCAACGAUUACUACACCGCAAAACGAUGGUGGCCUGAGAAUGAACAAGCUGUUAAUGGCGUCCCUUCUGCUGCAACUAAACAUAACUCAGACUACUACAACUCCAAGGAAAUAUUUACGCCACAAGUUCCCAGGGAAGGCGACCGAGUGGUAUUGAAGGAUCUGAUUGGCAUGGGUGGUGAGGAAGACGACGACGUUGAGGAGAGGCGUUACUUUAGGCCAGCUGUGUCAUCAGAAAUAGAGGAGAUAUCUGAAGAUGGAGAGAGCGAAACAGAUAACAGAGAAAGUGGAGCUGAGGACAUUUACGUGGCUGUUGGGAAAGAUGACAUAGACGUCGUAAAAUGGGCUCUGGAUCAUGCCGUUUCUCCUUCUUCUCGGAUUUUCUUUGUCCAUGUUUCGGUUCCUGUCACUUUGAUUCCUACUCCAGUGGGUAACUUACCAAUAAGCCAAUUAAACCAGCAACGAGUGAGGAGUUAUGAGAAUGAAGAGAUCAACAAGACGAACAACAUCAUGCAGAAGUACAUCCAGUUAAGUAACGAUGCUCAGGUGAGGGCAGAAACGGUGCAUCUGGAGAACAAUGACACAGCCAAAGGACUUCUGGAACUUAUUUCUGUUCUGAACAUAAGAAACCUCGUCAUGGGAAUAAAAAAGCCUCCCCACCCAUGGGGUAAGAACAAACUGAGCAGGGGGGAAAUAGUGAAGCAGAAUGCUCCGGAGUUCUGUGAGGUUGCUUUGGUUUGUGUUGGAAAUGAAGUGGGGAAGAAGAGCCAUUAUGACAUUGUUUCACAACGCAGACACCACUCCUCAGGCAGAUUCAUGUCCUGUUUGUGCUUUUCAGUCAUAAGAAGUGCUCAUGCUUUGGCACUUGGUUUUAUAUACAAAGCAGCAGCAUCGCCUGACCAAAGUCCGGUCUGA